GCAACCGGGGAAAGGGCGCUGCGAGAAGAUGCUGCCCGCCGAGGAAAGGGGCGCCCUGCGCCCCAAGGAUUCUCCGGGCCCCGAGCCCUCGAUGUACAGGCACAGGCCUGCCUCGGAGCUGACUCAGGACGUUUCCCAUGUUCUAACCAAAGUCUUCAAGAGCUUAUAUACUUCAGAGGUGAUAGCAGCAGACAUGGUGGAUAAUAUGAUCAAAUCCCGUGGAGGAAAAAAUCCCCAUCAUGAAUACUUUGUGGAAGAAUUGAGAAAGCUCCGUGAAGAGUAUAAUCACCGGCAAAUGGAGGCACAAAUGUUGGAAAAACAUAUCAUCCAAGCAAGGGCCCGGGCCAUGGCAGAAGAGGAAAGGAUCUUGAGUUUGUAUCAGCUAGAAAUUCCAGAAACCUACCGCCGAGCUGCAAUGCCAUCAGUGAAGUCUACGUUCAGAUGGUGUGUGGAUGGCGCCCUUCUUAAAAAACACCAUUUAAUCUGUCCUGAUGAUUACAUCACAGAUCCGGUACUACUAACCCAUGCUCCUAAAGAUUUCUCAGAACCGGGCUAUUUGAAAGAAACUGAUUGUAAACACUACGUUCCUCCUGACUCAGAGGUUCUCCAAUUCAAGGAAAAUUCACGUAUCAAAAAGCUAUGGGCAAGUCUUCCAGAUGUGUCUUUGUCCAGUUUAACUCUGGACUCUUCAGAUGCUGAUUUUUCAGACAGAUCUGUGGCAUGGCUCUAUAAGAAGAAAGCUAAAGCCUUGGGCAAACCCGUCUGGAUGGAUGAAAUGUCCAGAGCUGACCGGCAGAAAGACCGUCUAUAUCUUCAGAGAAUGAAAGAGCGCCACAAUUUCCUGAAAAAUCCUCGCUUUUUCCCACCUAAUUCACUCCAUGGAGGCAAGUCCUUGAUUCUGCCUCAAAAGAAGGCGGAGCGGAUAAUAGGAGGAAGAAGAAAGUUUGUGACGGAAAGCGAUUCCCAGUCAGUACCGAUCUUCCUAUCAAACCCUCCUGCAGUGGUGUUUACAGAAUAUGAAGUUGGCCAGGUUUAUGAGAUGACAAUAGAGUUACAGAACAUGACCUCCACAUCCCAAAGUGUCAGAAUUAUUCCUCCAGCUACAUCUGCCUUCUCAGUUGUGAUGGGGAAGUUUCCAGGUGAAGGUGGACUCGUUGCUCCUGGGAUGAGCUGUUUCUACAUCAUCCAGUUUAUUCCUGAAUAUCUUGCAGAGUAUGAUGAUUAUCUACUGGUGGAAUCACAGGCAGCCUAUCCGCUCCUGGUCCCUCUGCAAGGCAGAAGGCCACCUCCCAUCUUAACACUGCCACAGAUCCUGGAUUGUGGAGCCUGCUUGGUGGGCGGAGUAAAAUUUGUAGAGUUUGAGUGCAAAAACGAAGGGCUCAGUGUUGGAAAGUUUUGCAUCAUGCCGAAGGAAAUGUGGCCACCGCCUAACUUUCGGUCUGUCGCCACUCUGGGUUACGUGGAACAAUAUCCAUUUGGAAUUUGUCCGGCUGUCUUCGAACUUGCUCCGGGUCAGUCUAUCCCAAUUGAGGUAGUGUUUAUGCCCAUUUCUGCUGAAAUCCUAACAGUGACAUACAUCACCGUUUGUGACAACUGCCAUAUCAACGAGAUAACCGUGACAGGACGUGGAGAGCUGAUAGCAUUGGAACUUUUGUCCGUUUCUGGUGGAGAGAGCAAUCCUCUGCCCGGCGAGCUUAUAGACAUGACCUCGCAGCAUCUUAUACGCUUCAAGCCACUGAAUCCACAUUCUACGGCAGAGAAAACACUGAUUCUGAGAAAUAUAACCCACGUAGAACUUCCUUUCUUCUGGCAGAUAGUGAAGCCCAACCUGCAGUCACUAACACUGGAAGGAAAAAUGGACAUUUCAAAUAUAAAGUACAACCUGGAUACAGAGACCGCUUUCUCUGUCAUUCCUAAUUCUGGGACUCUGCAGCCCCAUUCCGAUCAUCCAUUCACCCUCUGUUUCUCUCCACAGCAGCUGGAGAAUUAUCACAGUGUGCUUCAAAUAGUGCUGGAGGAUAUCCCAGCAUCACAUUGUCUUCAGAAUUCAGAGUGCUACGAAAGUGGAGAACGGAGAAAGGAAGACGUGAUUGUCAUAGAAAUUGACACCAAAGGCUCCACGGAAGCAUAUCAAAUCAUGCUGGAACCUACUGCUAUAAUCAUUCCAGGAGAAAACUACAUUAGUGUGAAUAUUAGGAGAACAUUUAAGAUGCUUAAUAAUAGCAACUCUGCCGUCACAUUUAGAUGGGGGAAAAUCUUUGACUGCGAUAUAGUGGAAGUUGAACCUUCUACCGGAAAGUUAGGUGCAGGCGGAAGUCAUAUUUUUGAGUUUGUGAUCACAGGAGGGAAACCAGGCCAUUCCUGCCACAAGCUAGAAUGUGAAAUCACUCACUCACAGGAGUCUGUCUUUUUGUACAUCGAGGCUGACUUUAAGGGGCCUCUUCUUUCCUUUGACGUGACAUCCAUCGAUAUGGGUCUGAUUAAACUGGGAGAAAAAGUGACGUGUGCUUUGGAAAUAGAAAACUUAAGUCAGCUGCCAGGAAAAUGGAAAAUUCAGGAAAGACCUACCUGCAUAACAGAAAGAGGCGAGGAGGUUUCUGCAUUCAAAAUUCAGCCUUCUAGUGGGGAAUUGUGUCCUCUUGGCAAAUGCCGUGUCUCGGUAUUGUUUACAUCAUAUACAUGUCAUCAUCUCCAAACUGCAUUAGAGAUGGACGUGGAAAACGGAGUUGGAAGCCACAUCCCUGUAUCUGUGGAGGUGCAGGUGCCCCAGGUGUGUCUGCUGCCGAGUCACUUACACUUCGAACUUUCCAUUGGGAUCCCCGCCGAAGCAACAGCCCACCUCUUCAACCAGACGUUGCUCCCCACGCCCUUUAAAUGGGGAGAGCUGCUUGGAGGCCAGGCAUCUUCGUGUGUGCUGAGCAUCUCUCCAGACACGGGUGUUUUGGGCCCAAAUGAGAAGAAGGAGUUGCGUGUGGUGAUGACGUAUAAUAGGAAGGAUAAGCUGAAGGACCUUAUCUUGUGCUGUAGCAUUGAAGAUAUGUCAGAACCACUCUUUCUGUCUAUUUCUGGUGAAGUAAAAGGGCUGUGUGUCACUUACUUGAUUCCCUUUGACAGUGAUGAGGAACAAAACGUAGCGGAUUCAGAAGACUUAAAACUCAACUUUGGCUCUGAGGUGGCUUUGAAGAGCGUGAUAAAGCGUCAGCUGAUCAUUACCAAUCAUUCCGAAUCAAUUGCUCUCUUCACCAUAGAAGUUGAUUAUUUCAGCAGCCCUCCGCGGCCGCCUGAGGAUCAAGAAGGGGACAUGAUGGUGGAGAAAACCAGACGGGUAACAAGACGAUUUGCAAAGAGGAAGCAGUCAGCCUUCCGAGCGGCCAUGCUGUCCCACGGGAAAGGAGCGGCUUUCCAUGUGCAUCCGUCGGAGGGGACCCUGAACGCUUUCCAGGAACUAACUGUAGAAAUCACCGCCUACAACAAUAUGUGGGGACAUUAUAAGGAUGUUCUCGUCUGUAAGUUGGGUGAAUUAGAGCCGAAGCUGAUCCCCAUAGAAAUGUCUGUGAAAGGCUGCCCCAUCUUCCUGCAGAUGACUGGACCAAGCCAUCCGAUAGCAAUACCCAUCAUCAGGUUUGGAGCCCAUAUCUCUGGAGGGGACACCGUCUCACGGUACAUCCGUCUCAAUAACCCCACUCCCUUUGACAUUCGAAUGGACUGGGAAAGUUACAACCAAGAUAAAGACGAUGACAAACUGAUUGAUCUCUUGGUGUUUUAUGGUGCACCAUUUCCAAUCAAGGAUGCCGAUGGCAAUGAGAUCAAUGUCCUGUGGGAAUCAGACACCUCCUCUAAGAAUAUAUCUUUCACUUCUGACUCUACCUGGUCGCCAACCAGGGAGAACCCGAAUUUGGAGACACUCUUUGAGGAUGAUGAAGGAAGUUCUGAUGACUCCCUCUGGGAACCACUGACGCUCAAGCCAAUAGUCUCGGUGGUCCUUCGACCUCAUGAGGGCGUUCCCUCGGAUUAUCCUUUCUGCAUCACUCCCAAACAGAUUGUUAUCCCUGCAGGUGGCGCUGCUGCUAUUCACAUCUCCUUCACUCCUCUGAUGCUCCCGGAAAUCAUCCAUAAAUUCGAAUGUGAAGGUUUUGCACUCGGCUUCAUAAGUCUGGACAAUGAGGUUAUCCGGAAUGUCCCUGGGAAAGUAACUCGUGAAGAUGGACACUCACUUGCCCCUCUCAGGCUCGAUUUGCAAGCAUUUGUCAAACCUGCUUUGUUGACAGUUGAAACGGAUCAUGAGAAAGGGCUGGUGUUCCAUGCAGCGGCCAGCAGUUUAAUCCCCGUUAACAAGGAUGUGCUGACGUACUCAGCCACCACUCUGAAUGUGAAACUCACCAACAACACGGAGACCCCUCUGGCCUUCAACCUUAUUUUAUCAACUCCCUUCUCCAUAUCCAGUGUGGACCCUGCAAAGAGCCUGAAAACAUCUCAGAGUGAAAGAGAGGAAGGAGGAGCACACCUGUUGCUCUACACGUUAGAAAAUAUGCUGGUGAAAGUGUCAUUUCUCACAACCCUUGAGUUACUCACCUACCAACAUCUCCCAGAGGACCUUCAGCCAACAGGGCUUCAAGUGAUCCAGGAGGACAGCGGGGAGAAAAUCCUGGAGUUUAAACAAGAUCUUAUCGUCGAGUACAGCAACAAAGCUACACAGGUGCUCCCCCUGACUGCGUACCUGACCAUCCCAGUACUUGAACUCGCUUGCGAAACGAUUAAUUUCAAAACCUGCCUCGUUAACCAAACCAGGUCUGAAGGGGCACUUCUGAUGAACCGCAGUGGAUGCAGAAGCUACUGGGCAGUUUUCUUGCCGGAAGAUGAAAGACAUAAGGAUCCUGAAGUGUUUUCCAUCUCUCCAAUUAGCGGCAUCCUUGAGGCCCGCAAAGGUAGCACAGCUACCAAAACCCAACUGGUGGUCCGUUUCACCCCAAGAGACAACGUGGACUAUGAAACCAUAGUGACAGUUGUCGGCAUGCUGGGAGAGAAGCCGUGCCUGCUGUUUGUGCAAGGAAAGGGCUCCUACGACGAGAGGUAUGAAGACCUCCUCAUGGGCACCUGAAGAACAAGCCACGGGGGCCGCCUUGCAAGCAGCUUAACGGCAGCUGGAUUUUUUUUUUUUUUUGUAAUGCUAGAGAAAAAUAAAAUAUUUCUAUACCCUU